AGUCUCCAUCCCAGUGGCUAGCAGUAAGUGCGUACCUGCUUCUCUCUCUCUCCCUCUCUUUCUAUCUGCCUCUCUCUCUCUCUUUUUUUUUCUUCAAAAUUACUUGCACUGCAAAAUCGUGCUCCCGGUACCGGACGAGUUGUUUGAUCAGGCCGGUCACAUUCCGCACAAGAAAAAAAAAAAAAAAAAGGCGGUUGAAACUGAGGUGCUGGGCAGACCUUCAUGUCAUAACAAAUACCUAGGGCUCCUAUAGCUCCUCCUACACCAGUUGUGUCCACGUCGUCGACGCUUUUUCUUUUUUUUUUUUUUUGAGGUUCGGGAGAAAAAAGCGGAAGCAAGUCGCUAGGACGCCCUCCGUUUUCGAAUCAUUGAUAUGCAAGAGCAUCCGGCUACUGGACAGUUGUAGUAGUGACCUGGCCGGAAUCGAUGAUUCGAAUCCUUUGCGGCCCUACAGCAGAAUUCAGAAUUCCAGUUGAACAGUUUCUUUUGCGGCUGGAGUCCCCCCCUUUUUUUUUUUUGAACGUGCUGUGAUUGUUGCUCACGAUGGCCGGUUAUGCGCUGGGCUUGUGCGGAAGAGCCGCAGCCACCGCGGCUGGAAUCCGAGAUCAUUUCAGUGACGAGUCUUCAUCCGCCUCUUGGAUGGUACUGCCACCCUAUCCGCAUCAUCAAUAUCCUGGCGGUCCGGGAAGUUUAACGGCAGCGGCGGCCGCCGCCGCUGCCAUGGCCGGAUCGCUGGUUGGCCACGCUAGUAUGGGACACCAUCAUUCAGCCGUUGCGGAUUACUCAGCGUUGGCCACAUCGCUCCAGCAGCAGCAACAGCAGCAGCAACAACAGCAACAACAACGUCGUUCGCCUCUCUCUUCCGCUGCUUACACGCAUUCAUGCAUAUUGGAGAUGCGUAAAGAGAAAUCAAGAGAUGCGGCUCGAUCCCGUCGCGGCAAGGAAAACUACGAGUUUUACGAAUUGGCGAAGAUGUUGCCUCUGCCGCCAGCCAUCACGUCUCAGCUGGACAAGGCGUCCAUCAUCAGAUUGACCAUAUCAUUCCUUCGGCUCAAAGAUUUCUCCAGUAAUGGCGAUCCACCGUGGAUCAAGGAGUCCCUCUCAUCCAUCACAUCAGCCCAUUCGAGUUCUUCGUCACAUGGAUCGUCAUCGACAACGUCAUCUACGACGGGAUCUUCUUCUUCGUCGUCAAACAAGGCCAACAAAGGCAAUAGUCGUUCGAGAUCCCAUCAGAAUCAUCAACACAAUCAGCAUCACCAUCAACACGCACAUCAUCAAAUGCAGUUGCACCAACAUCAGCAUCCUAAUUCGAUACCGGCCAGUGUUCACGUAGAAUUGUUCGACCAACACCAAGGAACGCACAUCUUGCAAAGUCUGGAUGGUUUCGCGUUCUCGCUCGGUUCCGACGGCCGAUUUCUUUACAUCUCCGAAACUGUUUCCAUCUACUUGGGCCUGUCGCAAGUCGAGAUGACUGGUAGCAGCGUCUUCGAUUACGUUCACACGGCCGAUCAUGCAGAAUUGGCCCAACAAUUGGGCCUAACAUUGGCCACCAAUCAGGCCCAUCAUUCAGCCAGUUCUUCCGGGACGAGCUCUUCCCAACAAUUGCCACCGUCGCCCGCUUCCGGCACUGGAAGUGUCGACGAUGGAAGCUGUUGCAUGAAUCCUGAUGUAACAUCACUAAUGAGUUUGGAAAGCAACUCGGCCUACCAGGGCCUCGAUCGUUCGUUCUGUAUUCGAAUGAAGUCGACGUUGACCAAACGUGGCUGUCAUUUCAAAUCAUCCGGCUACAGGGUGGUGAUGGUCCUGUGUCGACUUCGACCGCAAAGCCAAGCGUAUACUGCCAGCAAAUCCGGUGUUGGGCAACCGAACAGUGGGACGCCAGGCCAGAACCAACCGGUUCCUCUACUUGGAAUGAUUGCCAUGGCCAUCGCUCUACCACCGCCUACCGUUCACGAAGUUCGGCUUGAGCCGGACAUGUUUGUUACACGCCUAGCAUUUGAUUUGAGAAUCAUUCACUGCGAGCCUAGGAUUGCUGAGCUUUUAGAAUUCGUAGCCGAAGAUCUGACUGGCCGGAGUCUCUACACUUUGUGUCACGUGGAAGAUGUCCGUCUGUUGCGCAAGGCCCACACAGAUUUGAUGCACAAAGGACAAGUUAUGACACCCUAUUACCGAAUCCUUAAUCGACAUGGAGGAUUUACUUGGAUUCAAUCGUGUGCCACUGUAGUCUGCAACUCGAAGAACGGCGACGAGCAGAGCAUUGUCUGUGUCAACUACGUCCUCAGCCGCACGGAAAUGAAAAACCUGGUGGUGGAUCAAUGCCAACUGGAUUCAGCACCUAGUCUUCCCAUGAAAUCCAACGUUUUCAAGACGGAUCACGGAGCGGUGGACGUCCUGCAAAGUUCGCCGGAAGAGUCGAGUUCGGAAUGCUCUGAAUCGUUGCCGAAAAAUGGAGUGACGUUGAGCGAUCCGCACAGAUCGUCCGUGCAGAGCUCUGAACAGAGUCGACCAUCUUCCGAAGUUGAAGUAGAGGUCGUCAACGCUCCGCCGGAAGAAUCCGUUUCGUCAGGAAUGCGGAAUCGCGCGUUGCCUGGCCGACCGCAUCACCAUCGAUCGGCUAAACGAAAAUACGACGAGUUGGGCACGGUUUCAGCAACCAGCGACAGUGCCAUGAUCGGCCUUGACACCAACCAUCAGCAUCAUUCAACAGACAAUUCGAGUAGCAACGAGAGCGUAUCCAUUCAGGAUCAUCACCACUCGAACGCAAUGACGGAUCAUCAAAGCGAAGUUGAUGUGGCCCGCUGGAAGAGGCUUUACGCCGGAACCAUGGAAAAUGAUUCCCUUCAGGAUCGGGAUCUAGAUGGAAGUGGGAUGAACGGAAGCACUACAGAUUUUAGUACAGAUGCCCUACUGUCUAACGGGAAGCCACGGUCGACUAUUCAAUGGAUCGGCACACCGCCAGUACCAUCAGGUUCGUCUUCAGCGGCUGCAACGGCCGCUGCCCUGUCGGUACCAUCGUUGUUACGUCAGCUGUACGCUAGCAGGGAAAGCGUCAUACGCGCUAACGUGCACGCAGCUGCGGCCGCAGCAGCUGGACGCGCCCAGUCCAGCUAUUUCUCCAACGGUGAUACACUGUCGACGACGCCGACUGGUGUCCCCGUAGGCAACGAGUACCCCGGUGACGUGUUUCCACCUACCUCCUCUCAUUCUUACCAUUCCGCAUCCGCUGCAGCCGGAAGCUUUCUACCGGAGUACUUACCAGCCAUGACUCCUCCUUCGUCUGUGUCACCUCGCGAUGCGGCUGCAGGUGCAUUGUUUGCUGCCGAGGCUUCGUUACGUCAUUCGGCGUACAGUGGUCUCACCUCGGCGGAGUCUUCUUACACUGCCAAUCCGACACAGCCACUGGCGUUGAAACCUCAUCAUCACGUUCACUACGGUCACGGUUCUCUCGAGCAUCACCAUCACGCCCACCACCACCACAAUUCGGCCGGAGCCCAUCAUCAAUAUGCUUCCGUCCAGCCUCUCGUUUCAACCGAUGCUGGCCAAUUCUAUUCUCAUGCACCUUCUGGCUUCCAUCUGUACCAUCCGCAGGUGGCCAAAUCCUCGUCAUCAUCCUCAGUCAACAACUCUGCAACAUGGUACCCCAAUUGACCUGUGAAUUCAGAUGACCUCUGGCUUUGUUUACAAAAAGGUUUAUUCGUUUCAAAGGAGACUGAGUUUGGUUUGAUUGAGAGUCUGAAUAGAUGUAGAUUUAUUGGAUAGGUGUUCAUCGACGGUCUGCGUUAACUGUUUUUUGUUUCAAUUUACAUGAAUUCCAUUGACGGGUCAUGCUUUCUUGCCUACACAGCCACCAAACAGUUCCCGUUGCGUAUUUAAAUAAUAAUAAAAAAAAAAAAAAGAAAAACGACAGACAGUAAUAACCAACGUCCCCUUGAAGUAAUAACAUUCCGGCAGCAUUCGUAUGAUUUGGAUAUGUUCAGUGACUAGUCUUUGUUCCGUUAAAAUUUCAACGUAGCCAGUUAUAUCUUGGACAGCAUAUAAUGUCGUGCUAAAAAUCCUUCUCUACAAAAAUUUGUACAGUACCGUUUUAUUCCAAACAGUUCCAGGCUGUUAGGUUUUCCCCCUUUGUCAGUCACACCGGACUGAUAAAAAAUUGUUUGAUUUUCUUUUUCCCCAUGCUGUCUUGUUAUUGAUGUGCUUUUCAUUUUGAGUAAUUCUAAUGAAGAGGAAUUGAGAUGAGAUAACAUUCGUGAAAAAUGAAUCAGUGUGCAAAUGUGCUAUAGAAAUAUUUCGUAGACUUGCAAACAGGCAUUAAGUAGAAUCUAUGAAGGUUAUUUAUUUCAUAGAAACGAUUUACGAAAGAAAGUGUUUGUUUUUGUGUCUUCCCCCGUCCUUGCCCUAUCCCGUUUGAAUUUCUAUUGAUCUUUUUGUAUACAUUUUUUUUUUCAUUCAGAUCGAAGUGUAUCUCUGGCUUCACUUGCCAUCGCCUCUUUUUAUUCGCAAUACACACACCCCUUAUGGUUUCAA